AUUCUUACAUUUGAUUCUAUUUUCUGUUUUAUGCGAUUUAGGUCAUUCGUUUCCCCUCAAAACGUCCCAAGCGCUGACUGAGCUAUUUCCAAGGCUAGACCAUAUUAAAGAGAACUCCGUAUAGAGAAACCGCCUAUCAUGUUGUUUCUACUGAUUUUUGUGCUGAUAACCCUGGCUUCUGCGACCGCCAAUAAUGUCAACAGCAAACCAAGUGAUAACAAAGUCUCAAUGUGUCACGGUGGACAACCAGGUACAAAUGGUAUCCCCGGUAUGCAUGGCAUGCCAGGGUCCCCUGGGGCACCUGGCCGUGAUGGACGCGACGGAGCCAAAGGAGACCAGGGCAGUCCGGGAAAGACUGGACCUAAGGGACCAACCGGCGCAGAUGGAAAGAAAGGAGAUAAGGGAGAGACUGGAACCCAUGGCGCCGUCGGCCAAAAAGGACAGCGAGGGGAGAAAGGUGAGAGUGAAACUCCAGGAUCACUUCAGCUUUCCAGGCACAUGAACUGGAAAGAAUGCACCUGGAAAAGGAACGAUGUCAAAGACUCAGGUGUGAUCCAGAACUGUGAUUUUAUGAAGAACUUCACAGACACUGCCCUUCAUGUUUACUUUGCUGGUGACCUCAGGGUUGCAUUCUGUGACAACUGCUGUAGUCGUUGGUAUUUCACCUUCAAUGGCGCCGAAUGCAGCUCUCCUGGCCCCAUUGACGGUGCGUUCCACCUGAGAACCGGGAAGAACCACAAUCUUCAUCGUCACCGCCAUAUUGAAGGUCACUGUAAUAACAUCCACAAGGGAAAGGUGCGAGUGGGAUUCUGGGUUGGAAUACUGGGGGGAGCGGUUGUUGAGGCUCGCAGCUCGGGGGUUGUGGCGAAGGGGGAAAAGGGCUGUCUCAUGUGA